GUUCAUAAUAAAGACGUCACCCUCCGCUUUGACCGUGCCAACCAAGUGCGCAGCUCUUAACUGUACAACUACAACCUCGACAUGCUUGUGGACGACCGAGGAAUCCUCGCAUCCCCUGCCCUCGUCAACACAAACAUUCUGGCAUCUGCAGUGUCUCGGUAGCCUGGACGUCGUUUUUCACUACACGACGUUUUUGAGCACGAGCAGUUCUUUGCUGCGCACUUAGGAUUUAAAGGAAGGAGCAGGGACUCUUAAGGUGAGGGUGAUGAUGGAGGAGGUGUCAGGUCCCGGGUCUUGUACAUCAAAGCCCCCCCACAGUCUGCUGGAAUGGAAGAAAAGAGUCAAGUCAGAGUACAUGAGGUUAAGACAGCUGAAACGCUUUCGUAAAGCUGAGGAAGUUAAGGCUCUGUUCCUGUCUAAUCGGCGUAAAAUUGAAGGAAGGACUGAACUCCUGAAUGAGGAAUGGUCUAAGCUCCGAAUCCAAUCCAUCCCUCUGUCCAAGCCAAGUGGCUCUAUGCCCAGCAAAAAGUUGUGCAUGGUAGAGUUUGCCUCUCCGUCCUUUCCGAACCAGUCAGCUGCCAUGCGUCCCUUGACAACUGUUGCUGGGAUACCAUUCAUGUACUCCUGGUCCCCUUUGCAGCAGAACUUUAUGGUGGAAGAUGAGACAUUUCUGCAUAAUAUCCCCUAUAUGGGAGAUGAGGUGUUGGAACAGGAUGAGGCUUUCCUGGAGGAGCUGAUUGAUAACUAUGAUGGGGUGCAUGGAGACAGAGAUGGUGGCUUCAUAAAUGACGAGAUCUUUAAGGAGCUUGUGGAGGCACUGAGCCAGUACUCAGACCCAGAGGAAGAGGAGGAGAUUGAGCCCAAAGAGGGACCAGAGAGUAAGGAGGAGGAAAAGAGAGGGACAAAGAAAAGUACAACAGAGGGGCCAGAGGAAUCAAAAGUGGGCUUCAUUAAGAGGAAGAGGAGGAGCAGUGCUGAAGGAAGAGAGCUCUCCACCAAUAAGAAGAUCCCUCAUGACAAGAUCUUCACUGCUAUAGCAUCCAUGUUUCCGUACAAAGGCACCAUGGAGGAGCUGAAGGACAAGUAUAAAGAUCUCCUGGAGCCAUCAAGCCCUGUGAAGUUGCCUCCACUUUGUACGCCCAACAUGGACGGCCCCUUUGCCAAAUCUGUUCAGAGAGAGCAAAGUCUGCACUCCUUUCACACACUCUUCUGUCGUCGCUGCUUCAAAUACGACUGUUUCCUUCAUCCUUUCCAUGCAUCUCCCAACGUGUACAAGAGGAAGAAUAAAGAGAUCAGAAUGGAGACAGAACCCUGUGGACUCGAUUGCUUUCUUCUGCAGAAAGGAGCAAAAGAGUUUGCUGAUCAGAACAUGCUAAGGUCGCAAAGGUCUCGUCGGCGACGGCGACAGCCCCGCCCCUCAAGUUCAUGGUGCCCCACCCCCUCAGGCUCAGGUGAAGAGGGAAAAGAAGGAGAGAGCGACCACGAGACAACCAGCUCCUCAGAGGGUAAUUCUAGGUGUCCCAGCCCCACUAAAAUGAGACCAGGAGAGGAAGGAACAAGGCAGUCUGAGUUACCUCUACAGUGGAGCGGAGCGGAGGAGUCUCUGUUCAGAGUUCUGCAUGGCACAUAUUACAACAAUUUCUGCUCUAUCGCACGACUCAUCGGCACCAAGAAAUGCAGAGAGGUAUAUGAGUUUGCAGUGAAAGAGGUGCUGAUUCACCGUGUUCCACUGGAGGAUGGUGGGAUCUCACCUCAGAAGAAAAAACGAAAGCACAGAUUAUGGGCAAAGAUACAGCUGAAGAAAGACAACUCAUCCAAUCAAGUAUACAAUUUUCAGCCAUGUGAUCACCCUGAGCACCCCUGUGAUAGUUCCUGUCCAUGUGUGAUGACCCAGAAUUUUUGCGAGAAAUUCUGCCAGUGUGAUCGUGAGUGUCAGAAUCGGUUUCCUGGCUGUCGCUGUAAGACUCAGUGUAACACUAAGCAGUGUCCGUGUUAUCUGGCAGUGCGUGAGUGUGAUCCCGACCUUUGCAUGACCUGUGGGGCCGCAGACCACUGGGACAGCAAACAGGUCUCCUGCAAGAACUGCAGCAUCCAGAGAGGACUCAAGAAGCACCUGCUCCUGGCCCCGUCUGAUGUUGCAGGGUGGGGUACAUUCAUCAAAGAGCCAGUCCAGAAGAACGAGUUGAUCUCUGAGUACUGUGGAGAGCUUAUCUCCCAGGAUGAGGCAGACAGGAGGGGCAGGAUCUAUGACAAGUAUAUGUCCAGCUUUCUAUUCAACUUGAACAAUGACUUUGUAGUGGAUGCCACUCGAAAAGGGAAUAAAAUACGAUUUGCCAACCACUCUGUAAACCCCAACUGUUAUGCAAAAGUUGUAAUGGUUAAUGGUGAUCAUCGCAUCGGAAUCUUUGCAAAGCGAGCCAUACAGCGUGGAGAGGAGCUCUUUUUUGAUUACAGGUACAGUCAAGCAGAUGCAUUGAAGUAUGUGGGUAUUGAGAGAGAAAUCGACAUAGUGUAGACAUGCUUUCAUUAUGAGGAUGUCUACAUCAUUUAUCUGGUAACAUUUUUUGCCUACUCACUGAAAGUGGAAGAAAACGUGGUUUCCUGGCUUCUGGGCAUUAUGAAUGCCUAUGAGGAGUGAUUUUGUAAUGACAUCACAGAGUCGCUUGAUGAUGCAGUCCAAGGGUGAUGUCACUACCUUGAUCCUCUGAUUUGACCUGUGGUUUGAUUGAAUUGUCUGAACAAGUGUUCUCAAAUGUACAAAUCCACAACUGAACUAAAUGGCCAAUACCACAGGACCUUGAUAAGCCAGAUUCCACCAUUUCCCAGUGAUGUUCCUCUACCCACUAAAAGAUCAUGUGCAGAAGAAAAAAUGCCAGUUCAGACAAUUUUCAUACAUCAAUGAGGUUUGUAAAUCAAAUCUCUCCA